AAGUUCAUCUGUGAAUGAAACAUGAAGACAUUGCUGGCUACUAGUAUUGUUGCAUUUACCCUCGCAGCUAGUACCGGUGCAUACUGGAAUUCUCGGCCAUACCAACUGACACUUCGACGGGAAACCAAUACUAUAAGCUCAUGCGACAUCGUGUCUUUCGGCGAAACACAGUUGCACAAGAGUCUCUUGCCAUCGACAUCAAGGCAAAUCAUCAGGCAGCACAAUGCUGUACCAUCUGCUGGAUCACUUGGCGACAAAGAGAUAAUACGCUUUCUAUCAUAUAACACCAACGAAUUAUGGCUUCGUGCGCAGCUGGAGUGCUCAAAUGACUUAUCGUUUGUUGGACCAAGUGGACUCAGUGGGCUCGAGACGCAGGUGCCAUUUAGGGAUCAAGGGGUGUUGCAUGGUGUUAUGUUAGAUGUACCAGUCCCGCCGCUAGAAGUUGUCAGUCUUUUGCAAUCUGGGCCGUCAGACAACCGUAUCGGCCUUGCUUUCUUCUCUGACGGGUACACAAUGCGUGAAAGAGACAAGUUUCUUGAUGACGCAAUGCGUUUGGUCACCGACUUGUCAUCAAAUCAGACGUUCUCCACCGUCAGGCCUCUAUUGAACUUCUGGGCCGUGUUCUCACCUAGUCAAGAAAGCGGCGUAGGUGUCAAUGGGAAAGCUAAGAGGACUCCCUUUGGUUUAUACCGCGAUGGCACGGAAUUGAGGGGCCUAUACGCAAAUAACUCUGAUGUUGCGUUAAUGGCCUGUGCGUCUCUCGGAAAUAAAUGUAACUAUGCGAUUCUCCUUGGCAAUGAUCCAUUAUAUGGUGGGCUUGGCGGAGAAUAUACGACAACUACUGCCUCCCUAGCAAACGGGGCGUUGGUCCUUCGACACGAGAUUGGUCACUCCAUCAUCGACGUAGGCGAAGAAUAUGACGGAGGAUUUGCUUAUUUCGGUGUUAAUGCUGUUCACAAUCUCUCAGACGUGACAUGGACACACUGGCUCGAGCACAAGGAAGAUGAUGCAAACUUGUUCCGCGCAGAACGGUCUACGAUGCCGAUGCAAGCGUAUCCGUGGACACUGUUGAAUACGACUCAACCAUGGACGAUUUCUUUCUUGUCGUCAGGAAACUACGCACGCCAUUUGAUCAAGUUCUCGCUGUCUAGCCUCCCAGAUCAAGAUGAUUUGGUUAUCUUGUUCGACAAAGUAGAUUUACGCUGGACGCCAAGAAAAGAUAUCGGCGUGGAUAGGUGGCACUAUGAUGUUUAUGAGGACACGUCAUUGAGCACUGGCGUGCAUGAAAUCUCAUUUGUCCUGAAGAACAACGCUCUUGAAGGAAGCGCCCAAUUAUGCAGUGUAGAGGUACUGGAAUAUGGGACAGAGGCUGAAUUCAACGCGACGCUUGGUCACUAUGGCGUGUUCCCGACGUUCAGCAUGGAUAAUGAUACGUCUUAUCGUCCGACGAACGACGAUUGUCUCAUGCGCAGCGUCACCAAGCCCAACUUCUGCAAAGUGUGCUUGGAGGGCCUUUGGCUAUCGCUGCUCAAACGUAUCGAUCUCAUCGACAACUUCAAGAUAAUGUGUGGGGAUGAUCGCCACAGAACGUUCGAGGUCGAUCUGGUUCCGCUUGCCGAAUUUAGAGAACAUCCCGUCUCCAGCGAGGAAAGCUACACCAUCGCCUGGUCGAAGGACGGGAAAGUACUUCCGCAGUUUGCGAAUAUGACACAUGUAGACGUGGGGGAUGAAGUUGGGACGUACCAUGUAGAUGUUCAGUUCUCGACGGAGGAAGUGCGUGUAGAUAAAGAUGGACUGCUUGGAGCUAGCAGGUCGUUCACUGUUACUGAGCCUUGCCUCUGAGUUGUACGAUAAGAUGUUAACACCUUAAGCCUGAAAAUUGACCAAGUCUAGUGGUUGCCUCUCGAUUCUCCGUCC